AUAAAGGCAUGGGUUUCCAUGUGAAGAGAUUCAUUCAAAAACAGAUCCGUGGUCAUCAUGAAGUUUUUUUUCGUUUUGUGCUGCGCAAUUUUAGCAGCAGCUACCAACUACCCUGCUCCACCACCCAAAUCAUCGCAACAAACUCCCUGCAGCCAGAGACAGGAUCUUAAUUGGGUGCGACAGAAUGCCGAGAACCUGCUCUACCUGGAACACAUGCGACGACAGGCAUCCAGAGAUGACGAAUGGCAGUCGCAAAUGGAAUCCAACGAGUACCAGACACGUCUAAACGAACUGCGUUCCAUAAACGUAGGAUGUGGCAUGCCCCCAAUGGAAGAAACGCCCGGUUGUGGAGAAUCCAUACCUUGUGGAUAUAAUGGCUGCAACUCCAACUGUGAAAUUUAUGGACAGAAAAUUGCUGCUUUCCAGGCUGAGCUAAAUCGUCAACGACUCAUGAUCCAGCGUCUUUAUGCACAAAUCCUCUCCUACUCGCAGAACAGCAACUCCUGUGGAUCCUGUGUCGAACGUUCUCCGUGCGGAAGUCCUUGCGAAACUGCUCCCUGUGAGUCACCUUGCAAUAAUCCUAGGCCAAAUUGCGGCUCUUGCGAUCCGCCCGCCAUGCCUGGCCCUCCUGGUAUAGGUUACCCAGGACCCCGCGGACCUCCUGGACCACCUGGCCCUCCAGGACCUCCGGCUUACAGCAACCCUGGAACAAUGGGACCUAGGGGUCCACCUGGUCUAUCUGGAAAAGAUGGAAUUCCUGGCCGUAACGGAAGAGAUGGUGAACCGGGCACUUGCUCGUGCAACGAUGGUGAGCCAGGAACUCCUGGUAAACCUGGCGAAAACGGUCGACCUGGUCCUCCAGGUCCACCAGGAACUCCAGGAACUCCGGGUAAUCCUGGCAUGUCUAGCACUUGCGCGACUCCUUCUUGCCAGCCAGUUGUUCCAGUACCGCAGGUUCCAGUAAGCUGCUGCGGUGGUUCGCUGAACUGCAACAAUCCCUGCCCGUAUCCUUGCCAGUCGCCGCCAUGCUAUUAUCCGCCAUCAGCUCCUUGCGUUGCCGCCAGCGGUUGCAAUCCUUAUCCAGUUAACUCCAACUACAUGAUUGAACUGAGAAAGGGCAAGCGCGUGCGAGGAGAAGGCGCCGAUCAUGUGUUUUUUGGGAUUUUCCAGAAACCUUUUGGCAAACCGUAUGCUCCGUGUCGCCUCGUAUCGAUCAACAGGAAACCUUCAAAAACCGCGUGUUUCAGCGAGGAAGACUUCAGUCAAUGCGAGCGAAUCACCGUCGCUAUGAAGUGCUUUCUAAUUCUCUGUCUGGUGGCGUUGGCAUCCGCCACCUAUUAUCCUCCUCCGCCGCCCAAAUCAUCGCAGCAGACUACCUGCAACCAGAGGCAGGAUCUUGAUUGGGUGCGACAAAAUGCCGAGAACCUGCUCUACCUGGAAUACAUGCGCAAGCAGGCUUCCAGUGAUGAUGAAUGGCAGUCCCAAAUGGAAAGCAGCGACUAUCAGAUACGUCUGAAUGAAAUGCGUUCCAUGAACGAAGGCUGCGUAACGCCUCCGAUCGAAAUGCCUAUUUGUGGAGAAUCGAUGUCUUGCGGAACUACUAGUUGUAAUUCAAACUGCGAAUUCUACGGACAGCAAAUUGCUACUUUCCAGAUCGAGCUAAAACGCCAAAAACUUAUGAUCCAGCGUCUCUAUUCUCAAGUUCUCAUCAUGUCGCAAUCCGGCAGCUCAUGUAACCCCACAUACGAAUCCUGCAAUCCGGCCCCUUGCCAGACACCUUGCAGUUAUCCUGGUCCAAGUUGUAGUACAUGUCCUUCACCACCAGGGCCUCCUGGUUACGGUAAUCCAGGUCCGCCAGGACCUCCGGGUCCUCCAGGACCUAUAUCAUGCGAUACCCCAGCAGGACCUGGACCCAUGGGCCCACCUGGUCCGCCUGGAAGGGACGGAAAUCCCGGCAAGCCUGGUAAUGAUGGCGACCCUGGUACUUGCUCUUGCAGUGAUGGGGAACCAGGAAAUCCGGGCAGACCAGGCAGACCUGGCAAUGACGGCCCACGUGGUUCUAGAGGCGAACCAGGCAAUCCAGGCGUUCCUGGUGUUCCAGGUACUCCUGCAAGCCCUUGCGAAAACCCAGUUCAAAUUCCAUGCAAGCCAACGCCACCACAAAUUCCACCACCACUAAUUCCACCGCCACAAAUUCCACCACCACAAAUUCCACCACCACCGAUUCCAGUUAGCUGCUGCGGUGGAGCGACAAAUUGCAACCAACCGUGCCCAUACCCAUGCCAAUCGCCUCCGUGCUUUUAUCCACCAAUUCAAACUCCACCUUCGUGUUGUGGUGGAGCGGUCGGCUCUUCGUGCAGUGCCAUUUGCCCACCUCAAGUCACAUGCUCGCAACAGAACGGGCCUUGCUAUUAUGGAACUCCUCUUAUUCCACCCUCGGCACCUUCCCCGUGCAAUGCUGCUACCGGUUGCAACACAGGUUAUUCUAUGAAGUCACAGUUCAUGUACGGUUAGAACCGACUAUACCUGACGGUGGGGCGGUAUCGUUAAUGAUGCUACUGGGAAGAUUUUUAUGUUGGUUGGCUUUACGGUGUUAGUCCUUUCUUAUAACUAGACUUACAACAACAACAAAUAAUAAUAAUCCAACUCUACCAGGAAUAUAACUGAAUAAUAACCUCUACUCUAUCCAUUCUGUAACUCCACUUUCUCCGAUUUGGGUUAACUAAACUUGCAACAUCGCUCACCACUUUUACUGAUUUCGAUGUUAUUUCUCAUUUCCUCAUUUCUGCUUAAAUAGUAACACGACAUUCACUCCGUGGGAUUCCUUUGACAAUUCAAAUAAAAAAAGCAUUAACGUA